AUGACCCAGCCUUCCGAAGCAAAAUAUCUCUCUGAGCUGACCGAAGUCCCGGCCGACUGGCCCCUGGCGACCGUCAUCGACGCCUUCGGCGAGUUGGCAGCUUAUGGUGCAGAGCUAGCUCGCGAGGCGGUGAGCCGUCGGCUGGUGGAGCUCUGGGCCUCGCAGCCGGAGGAGGCCGAGGCCUGGCUCCAGCGCUGCCGGGAGCGCUUUCCGCAGGCACUGGCGGUCCAGGCGACGAGGGCGGAGAGGCUCUGUGAGGCGCUGCUCUGGCACGGGGCGGGCGAGUACGGGAAGUACCAGUGUUGCGACUGGCGCUUCUCCGAGGCGGGGCUCCUUCAAGGAGAGCCGGAGCACUCAGUAGCGGAGCGGGAGAGCUUGGCGAAUUGGUACCGGGGGCAGCCCUUCGUCCGCACUGCCUGCCGGAAGCUCUCGGAGGCGGCGGAGAGCACGGAGACGGCGCGGAAGCGGCAGAAGCUCGAGGAGGAGACUGCCCAGUGCCAUCGCCUCGAAGCGGAGCUCCAGAGGUCACAGGAGGAGGGCCGAGAGCUGCGCAAUCGCCUGGCUGUGGCGGAAGCGAAGGUGCGCAGAGCGCAAACCGAGAGGGCAACUCUCAAAGAGCAGCGCGAAGAGCUCGCAGCUCGCACUGCAGCUGCGGAGUCAGCUGUGGUGGAGCUGCAGAAGGAGCUCCGGCAGUUGCAGGAGGAGCAUGGCAAGUGCCAGGAGCGUGGCCAGGAGCUUGCAAAUCGUUCGGAGGCAGAAGCAGCUGAGCAUGCAACGACGAAGGAGCGUCUCUUGCAGGCCGAAGCCGAUGCGGCGGAAAGGAGGCAGGAGGUGCAGCGGCUGCAAGCGGAGAGUCGCGGCUACCAGGAGCGCUGCCAGCAGGCAGAGGGGGCCCGCUCGGCUGUAGCGGAGAGCAAGGUGGAGCUACAGCUCGAGAAUGCAAGGCUCCAAGAGCGGUGCGAGCAGCUCCAGCAGCAGCUUGCCAAGGCAGAGGGCCAGAUACAGGUUUUGCGGGAAGAGAAGGCCACUUACAAAGAGCGCUGCCGGCAGCUGGAGCGCGGGGCGACGUCUCCACGAACCCCUUCCAUCCGUUCCAGCCUCACCCAACAGGGCCCAACUCCCAGCGUCGACGCAGCUUCCGGCGGCCAGGAGCCGAAGCUGACCGAAGAACUCGGGUACGUUCUGGUGGACGAUGGCGUGGCCUCCUCCUCCGCCUGGAGCUGCUCCUCUUGGUUCUCGGUGCAGCCCGACUGCUUCAUGCCGGACGCCAUCUUCAAGACCCGCAGCGGUCGCAUCGAGCACUUCCUGAAGGGCCGGGACCUCCAGAAGGGAUCGCAGGUGGUGGCCGGGGAUGGCGAGACCCUUCUCGAAGUGGCUCUGCCCCCGGAGAUCUGUCUCGCCACGGAAGUGGUGGACUUGCAAGCAGGCGGUGCGAUGCUGCGCGUGACCCCGGACCAUCCCGUGCAAGUCCCAGACGCCAGAGGCGAGCUGGACAAGAUUCUCUACAUCCCAGCGGGGCAGUUGAAGGUGGGCGACUCGGUGGUGCUGGAUUCCGGGGAGGCUGCAGAGCUCACCGGGGUGAAUUUCCAGGCGACAGAGUGCGAGGUGCUGAAGAUCGUCUUUGAGCCGGACCUGCCUGUGGCGGUCUUCUCUGCCCCGCCCUGCAUCCAAAGCAAAGGUCACCAGAAGAAGCCACCGCGCCGCUCCGGGGAGUGCCGGAAGGGAGCGGGGGGAGAGGGGGUGGUCGAUCCGACCGACGGCGCGGUCUCCAUUCCCGACACCGCGGUGGGGAGCGCUAGGAUUGAGAUGGACUUGUGUUGA